CAUGAGAGUAUUGUAUAUCAUGUCAUUUUUAUCUUUGUUGUUGGUCAACAUUUAAUGUGCUUUGUGUGCUUAUUCUAAAAUAGUCCUGAAUUAAUACGUUUGUGCAUUUAAUUCUUUCGUGCAUUAAUAAAGAAUUUCAGCCAAGUAAUGUGUAAUUUAAUAAUAAUUAAUUAGUAGUAUAGUGUAGUGCAAAUUAACUAAAAGUUCAGUGAAUGAAAUUGUGUGGAGUAUGCAUUGAAUGUCCAGACAUUUUAGUAACAAAGGAUAAAGAAAAAAUAACAACAGUAAACACAGUUUUGGGAGAGUUUUUGUGAAGUUGUAUUCACAAGUGAAACGAUUCGCUAAGAUGAUAGCAAAUAAUUCGACUCAAUUGUUCCAACAAAGUAAUGAAUCUCAAGCCUCGGCGGAUGGGUGCAUGAAUUCGAGAAUGUUGGAUAAUGAGCCGUUGCUUCCACCAACAAUCAACAACUCUGCGAUAACACUGGAUAGACAAAGCUCAACCGCCAUGAGCAGUAUUUCAAGUGAUGACGCUUCACUUGACGGCCAUUAUGCGUUGGACAUUAUAGAAGGACAUUUUCUGCAAGACUUUGAUGUGAGAGACAUCUGGGAACAUGUACAAGAUAUCUUUACCACACCUGAAAAACAAUAUAUAAAUGCGAAUCUACAAAGCGAUAAUGAGAGUACACAACAUUCCACCACCGACAGUCAAGAAGUGUUUCGUGAGGAGCAAGUUUCGCGUCUAUUUGCUAUAUUACGCAAUAAGGAUCAUACUCAAAUAUGCAAAUUCAAAGAGAAUUUGCGCAUGGAUUAUAUAUGGCUCAUGCGUCUUUUCGACAAUAUCAAUAAAGUGGAUUCUAGUAUUUAUGUGGAUUUGGUACACGAUUUGCAUUCGAAAGUUAGCCUUAAAUAUGACGACUACAAUGUACAUCGUUCAAUGCCGUUUCGAAAUUUACGCAAUGCCUUACUUACGAUGCCAAUUCAAGGUCGUGUGAUAUUAACUAGCGAUUUCGGUUAUGGGAAAAAAUGGCUCGCCAUCGACGUUUGCACGGAUUUUGAUGUGGCCCAAUCAAUGAAUUUUCGAAUUUACUGGAUCGAUAUGGGCGAGUGCACGAACGCAUUGGAAGAUUUACGUAUGUUACGUUAUUUAAAACUUUUGCUGACCAAACCGACACGUUCACCUUCGCCAACCGGUUAUGGCUCACUAGAACGUUUCGAACCGAAUACGAAUGCAUUUAAAAAUUCAAUAGAUGAAACUAAACAUCUAGUAAGUCAAGAGCUCAAAAAGAAUGCGAAUAGAAAGUGCCUUGUCGUAUUGGUGAAUGUACGAAAUACGCAUGCGUUGGAAGUCUUCAAUUUGCCAUGCAAAUUACUUGUACUUACACGCAGUAAAAAAGUUAGUGAUUCAUUUGCGCAAAAACUUAGCACAACAUUGCGUCUGAAAAAUGGUCUAACAAAAUUCGAGUUCUAUAUGCUCUUUGAAAAGUAUUUGGGUCAUCAGAAUUUGGUGAAAAAAUAUAUGGAUUUGAUUUAUGCGCACAGCAAUGAACAUCCAUACUUGCUCAGCUUGAUUGGGCAGAGUCUACGUCAAAAUUUGGACAACUGGCAGGAUUGGAUUGAUAAAAUGCAAGAAUCAAAAUUUGUUGACCAUAAAUUCAAAGCGGCCAUUGAAAAGAGUCUCGACAGUUUACAACCGGAGUUGAGAAAGACGUUCACCAAGACAUUCAGUUGCUUUCCGCAUGCCAUUUAUGUGCCACAAAAGUUGAUCGCUGCGAUUUGGUCUGCGGGCAGGUGCGAGAAAGACUUGGAUAAGUUGUAUCGACAUGGUUAUCUAGAAAAAUUUAUUUCACCACGUGGUGAGAUCUGCUACAAGCAACUAUUUGUUUACGGCAAAGCAAUGCAAAACAAUGAAGUGACAGCAAAUGAUAUGAUGGAAAUGCAUAGAAAGCUGCUUAAUUAUUAUCAUUUAGUUGAAGAUCUGACGGCACGCACUGAAGUUUUGCCAUUCAAGCGUCAUAUACAUGACUUCUACUUUUUCUCUUGUAUUGGUUAUCAUCUCAAAAAGGCUGGCUUCACUGACUACUUUCCUCAGCUCUAUUUGGACUUUGGCUUUCUGGAGCAAAAACUACGCAAAGUCGAUAUGCUAAGUACAAUUGCCGAUCUAGAAACUUAUCACGAGUAUAUUGCACCAGACAUGGAGACACACAAAAUAUUUCGUGCAAUACGUAAAUUUUUACCCAACAUCGAAAAGACAUUGCAGGAAUCAAGCAACACCACACUGCUGCAAUGCGCCUUCAUGGAGGAUGGUUUAGUGGGCAAUGAAGCGCGCAAACAAGCUGCCGCUUUUCCGAAUUUCGCAUGGUUUGAACAGGACGGCUGUAUACAACAAUGUCACAAUAUUUUACCACUACCAAGCAUCCCGAAAAAGGUCAUAUUACUCGAUCAAGAACGUGCAUUAAUUGCCUUGAGUUCAGCAAUCUCGUUGAUUAAUAUAACUUUUGAUUGGAAUACGUAUUCGCUGAAACUUAAGGACCCCAUGAAGGGCAAAUCAAACGUAGUUGAUAUACGUUUUUUACGUGACAAUAAUGCGUUUAUGUUAUUAGCCUUAUAUAAUAAUGGCAAUAUGAAAGUUUGGUAUCUACCGGGUGAUUGCAAUAUGAACCGUCGCAGGUCUGAUACAUUUCCGAAUAAAGCUGUAAAAGAAAUUGAGUGUAUCAAUUGUAUACCAACUAAUAACUUGCUUAAACCAAUCGCUGCUUUUGAUGUUGAUUACGGCGUUAACACUAAACAGCCCACUUUACAUUUGGCUUAUAGAACCGGGGAAAUUAAAUUUAUUGAGUGGCGAGGCGAAAAUAAGAUCUUUGUGCCAGUAAUAUGUGAGCCUUUGAAAACCAGAAUAACCGAUAUAUGUAUACUACGUAAAGUCUUCGAACGUUAUUAUAUAGUGUGCAACAAGAAUGGUGACAUAUGCAUUUUCGAUACACGCGAUUACUCGAAUCCACGUGGCGUCGAACCAUUUAAGCACCUAAUCGAAACAAUCGAAUUAACGCGAAACGAACUGCUCUUAAUAUGUCGACGUUGCAUUGUAUAUUUUUCAAGAAAAUCUAUCAAUGAAAUCGAUCCUUUGAACUAUGUACUACAUGAAAGUGAUCUAACAGCCGAUGAUGCAAAUAAUGCAAUCAAUUGUGCCAAACUGUUGUACAUCAAUGAGCAUAAGCACCUACUUUUGGGCACCAAGAAGGGUCUCAUAAUGUUUGACAUCGAAACGCGUACAAAAGUGCUGACGACAAAUUUCAACGAAGAAAUCACUUGUGUUGACAUACAGUUGUUGGAUCGCACCAAGAACAAGUAUGUAGUGGCGUGUGGCUCCAACGCGCAUAAGUUCAUCAAUUUGUUUGCAUUGCGCACCGAUGCCAAUGGCAAACCUUUGCUCAGGUGGUCAAGUAGUUCAAAAACAUUGCAAUCGAAGCACGCUGCGGUGGACCUACAGAUGCCGCCAUAUGUUACGCUCAAGGGCGACAAAUUAUAUACGGUGCAAUAUGAUGGGGGUGAUGAAGCGACGUUGCUGGCGGUUGAUUCUCAAAAUCAGUUACAUAGAAUUGAUGCCAAUGGUCAUACGAGAGUAUACGAACAAGUGCCGAACACGAUCACUGCCAUUACACAAUACGGCGAACAGGCAUUUGUGGGUUGUGCGAAUGGCGAACUUAUACGUUUGAAUUUGAAUGCAACUGCAACGGCAACAGUGGAAACAGUGUUUGGUGCGCAGCCGAUUGAGUUUUUACAGUUGCUCAAUGAACACACACUGAUUGCAGUGGCUAAAAAUGAGUUUGUGGUUUAUGCUAAUUUGAAUUAUGGAGAAUGUAAGCGAUUUCCAAUACGCCAUAAAGUUGUGCGUUGUUUUCGUUUGACAACUGGCAAAAUGCUUAUAGUUCUUGCAAGCGGUGAAUUUUUGAUUUUGAAUGAAUGUGCUGAUUUAAUAUACCCUUACCGACCAAGAGCAUCUGUUAGUAUUGUUGAUUGCGAUUUCCAAAACAAUCAACUCUUUAAUGUAACACAACACUAUAAAAUCGAGAUUUUCGAUCUAGCCAAUUCGCUCAGUCCCACACAACCGAAUAUGACCUAUAAGAAAGAUGAUAUGUUGGACAUCUAUGUUGGAGCAAAAGUCAGUUGUAUAGCUGUGUCACGCAAAGCGAACUUAAUCGCAGUCGGUUGCUAUAAAAUUACCGACCAUGAGGAAAACGACAUAAGCAUACAUGUUUACGAUUGUCAAUUACACGUUAAACACAUCGAUUUACUCUACACACUCAAGGGACAUAAUCUACCCAUCAAUAGUAUGCGUUUCUCGCCCAACGCCUGUGUGCUAGUCAGCUGUGCCGAGCAGAUAUGCUGGUGGAGUAUGCACAUGGCGGCGUGUAAGCUGAACAAUACCGUUGCAGUUACCGCACACGACCGUAGCGAUCAUUCACGCUUUUCCUCCGAUAGUGAUGACGACGAUGUAGCGAAUAUACAGCACUUAACACUGGACAAACUCGAGCCAAUUUUGGAAGAUAUUUCAAGGCGCGCACGUUAUGACACACGCCCACCAACAGAUGUCACACCAGUCGAUGAUGUCGUUGAUUACGUUAUUGGCGGCGCUGAUGAUGCCGUUUGGAAGACAAAACAUGGCCCGGCAACAAAUUGUGAAUUGUUGGCCUGUAUCAAAUUUAAUGGCAGUGAGGCGCAACAAUUUUUCGCAAAUGAAGCUUUCACCAGGUUUCAGACGAUCGAUAAUGGUGGCAGUUAUUAUGUAUUGACACUGCAUGAUUUCAAUGCGUCUGAGCGCGCUUAUACGGAUGUUGAUGUGGUCACCUGAUCGGCUGACAUGAGAAUUCGUACACCAAGGGGGUGUACGAAAAGGCGUUCUCUAGCGAAGUAUACGCCUGUGUUUGCGACUGCGGUAUUUUGCUACCAACUAAUAUAUUUUAUAAUUUAUUUUUGUAAAUUUCACUGCGAUCUUUUUGCAUGUGAUGCUUAAUGGCAAGCUAAAAGUCAAAAGGCCAAAAGUCAAAAGAACAAUGCCAAAAGAAAAAAACAAUCACAAAUGCUAUGUAUUUUUACAUAAAUCAAUUAGUGUAUAAGUAUUAAAGUUUUCUACGGCAAUCAACUACACAUGACAACUAUUACGUAAUUAUUUUUAGUUUAUAUAAUGCAAACAAAUGGUGACUUCAGUGUGCAACAAAUUGGUGCCAAAUACUAAUUUACACCAUAUACAACAUAUUGUAAGUCUUCCAAUAGCGAAAGACACCCUUAAAGCGGUCUCACUUGAUAUUUAAAUGUAUGCAUGUUCAAAAUAACGUAUUCCAUACUUGACAAGCCAAUUAUACCAUAAGCCACAUUUGAUAUGCAUACAUGUUUAUAUGUUUUUGUAAAUGUUGCAUUUAUUUUAUAGCAAUAACUGCCACGUUGAAGCAUUUAUAAAUUUUGUGCGAAUGCUAAAGUUAUAUGGCAUAUUGAGAUGUACCUCCGUUUGUGGGGUAUUCUUGAAAACCAAAUGUAACGACAAGUUUCUCAGGAUGUUUAAAAUGAUACAAAUUGUGUCCAUUCACUUAGGCCGACUUAAGCUGUUUCAACAUAUUAUUGUAAAUAUAUGUACAUACAUAUAUAUGUACAUAUAUAUACAUAUAUAUACAAAAUCUCGUUGAUCAUGAAUCAUGCUCUUGUAUGCGUGCGAGUCUGCACUAGUGUAGAGUUUUUGUUGCAAUUAAUAAUUAUGUUUUAUUUAAAAACAAAAAUAAUUUUUUUAUAAAGUCAUAUUUGGUAUUCUUUUUCAAAUUGUUCUUUUAUACAUAUACAUAUCAACAUGCUUUUUAAAGUGUCAUAAAUAUUUUUAACUCAAAUUUACCAUAUUUUAUGAUUUUCAAAAUUAUUAUUUUUUAAUUUAUAAUAAACGGACGUAAAAUAUAAUAUGUUAAAAUUUACAAUAGCAGAAAACUGUAUGUAUUCCAAAUUUUAUUAUAUUAUCAGCUUCCAAUUUUUAUAUACAACUAUAUGAUAUUUUUGUAACAAAUAAAAAUUAAAAUAUAAAAAAAAUACAAAAAGAAUAAAAAUCAAAAUAAAAAAGAAA